AUGGCCAAAGGCAAAGGUUUAUUGGCAGCUGAUGAAUCAACUGGUUCAAUGGCUAAACGUUUGCAAUCAAUUGGUCUUGAAAAUAAUGAAGAAAAUCGUCGUCUAUAUCGUCAAACACUUUUUAAUGGUUCAAAAGAUCUAGCUAAUCAUAUAUCCGGUGUUAUUCUUUUUCAUGAAACAUUUUAUCAAAAUGAUGAUAAUGGAAAACCAUUUCGACAAACAUUACAAGAAAAAGGUAUUAUUCCAGGUAUUAAAGUUGAUAAAGGUCUUGUAUUAUUGGCUGGUACUAAUGGUGAAAAUACAACACAAGGUAUCGAUGGUCUUGGUGAACGAUGUGCACAAUAUUACAAAGAUGGUGCACGUUUUGCUAAAUGGCGAUGUGCAUUAAAAAUUGGUGAUGGUUUACCAUCAGAAUUAGGUAUUCGUGAAACAGCAAAUGUUUUAGCACGUUAUGCAUCAAUUUGCCAACAAAAUGGUCUUGUACCAAUUGUUGAACCAGAAGUAUUACCGGAAGGUGAUCAUGACUUAGAAACAUGUCAACGUGUAACAGAAAAAGUAUUAGCUGCAACAUAUAAAUCACUUAGUGAACAUCAUAUUUUCUUGGAAGGCACACUACUUAAACCAAAUAUGGUCACUGCUGGUUUUGAUUGUAAGAAAAAAAAUACACCAGAAGAUGUUGGUCGAGCAACUGUAACAGCAUUACAAAGAACAGUGCCAGUUGCUGUACCGGGCAUUUGCUUUCUUUCAGGUGGUCAAUCAGAAGAAGAAGCUUCACUUAAUUUGAAUGCCAUUAAUCAAUAUAAAGGCAAGAAGCCAUGGGCACUAACAUUCAGUUAUGGACGUGCACUUCAAGCUAGUGUUCUUAGUAUGUGGGCUGGUAAAUCAGAAAAUGUAUCUAAUGCACAAAAGGAACUUCUUAAACGUGCACAAGCUAAUGGUGCUGCUGCAAAAGGUGAAUAUAAAGGUGGUGCUGGUGGUACAGCUGGUGAACAAUCAUUAUUUGAAGCUAAUCGAAACUAUUAA